GAAAUUGAAAGUGUUAGCAGUACUGACUCAAUUAUAAAUAGCAAUUGUAGUAAUACCUCAGAAAAUAUGAAAAGAGAUCAAAAUGAUACUAUUAUAGCAUCUUUUCAAGGAAGUAAUGAAAGCUCCUCAGGAAUAAUACUGCCAGUAGCAAUAAAUGAACCACCAUCAGGAACUACCACACCCAUAUCUCAAUCACCAUCUAACAUACCAUCUUAUGAAAUGUCUUUCUUUGAUAAUGCAAAUGAACUAGAGAGAGAAGGAACCCCAAGUAGAAUACCUCAGAGAGUUACAUUUAAUACAAGUAAUGAUAGGAAGUCUCCAUCCCCUAUUAGGAUAGAAAAUAUUCAACAAUUAGUAGUCUCAACAUUAUCUAGUAAUCAAUCGUUAAGGCUAUCAAAUUUAAGGGUAACAACUCCAUUAGUAGAAAAUAGAAAUAGUGGAUCAUCAUUGGAAAAUCCUUACAAUUUUUUCCAAAUAACUCAAUAUAGUUGUAUAUUUGACCCCUUGGCAUCACUUGAUCCUUUUUAA